AUGAAAUUAAACAAUUCAAGUCGAAGAGAAUUCAAUCGAAAAGAAAUUGAUAAAAUAUUCAUCACUAUGUCGUUUAGCACUUCGUCUCUUUUUAUCCUAAUUGCAACAACUUGUUGUUAUCAAUUCUCACGACACGAGAAUCAAUUAAGUGUAAGCGGAUGCGAAGAAAGCAAUUUUUCUACAUCGUUGAAGUUGUCGUGGUGGGGUUUAAGAAUACUUUCACAUGAUAUUGCUAUCGAAUUGACUAUUUAUUGGUGA